AUGACGCGCUCGCCGCUGCGCAUCGCCAUCGGACUCUCUGGCGGUGUCGACAGCGCCGUCGCCGCCCUCGUGCUGGAGCGCUGCGUUCACACCGCACUCGACGUCGCAGCGCUUCGCUGCUUUGGCGGGCCACGCGCCCCGCCGCCACCUCUGCCCACGCUACGGGCGGCGGUUGAUGCACGCAUACCGCUCCACGAACUGCUCGGCAAGCUCGUUACUCCAGGCAAGCGGGACAGUCGAGUUGCAGGCUGCGACGCCACUCCGGUGCAGUACACCCCAUUUUUCAUGCACAACUGGCACGAUGAUAAGGCAGCCUCGGGAUGGUGUGUACGGGCCCAAGUCGACUACGACGACGCGCAGCAGGUGGCAAAGACGCUGGACCUCCUUCCCCGCGACGGCACACCUUUGCCAUCGUACGACUUCUCCAGCGAGUACGCCGAGCAGUGCUUUGAGCGCAUGUUGGACGCCUAUGCCGUAGGACACACACUCAACGUGGAUGUACUCUGCAACAGCAAGAUCAAAUUCGGCGCCUUGACGCGUGCGCUACGUCGUACGGGAUCUGCCUUCAGUGAGACGCUCCUCGCCACUGGUCACUAUGCGCGCACGUGGAACCUUUCGCGUGGUGACCACGGUGGGAGUAAUGAGAGACAACCGGUGUUGCUCGUGCGGCCGUGCUCUGCCGGGCGCGACCUCAACGAUCAGUCAGUUUUUCUAUCUCGAGUGCCGCCGUCUGCCCUGGCCAGCGCCAUCUUUCCUCUUGGCCACCUCUUCACGUGCAAGGCGGACGUGCGUGCACUGGCAACUCACAGCUUCGGACACAGCGGUGGCAUGGCGGCGGUGGCGCACAUCCCCCAGAAGAAGACCAGCACGGGGAUCUGCUUUGUCGGGCCACCCUCCGCUGUCACGCGUGCCGGCAAUACAUCGUGUAGCUCGUGCUUUCCCUCCUUCCUGAACGAGUACCUCCCGCCCCCGCGACCACCGCUCUUGCAAUCGACCCACACAGCGUUCUGCGACGCCGUGACAGGGGAGGAGCUGUUCGUGCCUGGAGACACGGCGACGCACGCCACCGACGCACUACCGCAGUCCAUCGUGGGCCGUCUAUCUCAUAGUCCGCCGUUCGGCGCCCUCCGGGAAGACUAUCCGGGCUGCCUGCCAGCCUACGCCUUCACUCUCGGCCAGCGUGUGCGUCUCUGCCGCCGCACUGCAGAUGGGCGAGGACGCGAGGCGGUCCACUACGUUGCUGGCAAGGUGCUGGCUCCUCUGCCCCCUUCAGCUUUGAGUGAUGGCAAAGUGCCGCCCGUACGUGUGCUGGCAGAGGUGCAGGUGGUUGCCGAGUGGAACAACGCACUGUUGUACACCUCUCAAGCUACGGUCGCGUCACUGCGCUGGUGGCUACCGCUGCCCGUGCUGCAUCAGCGCGCUGCAACCUGCCACAUGCACAGAAUCUAUCGACUGCGAUGCCAUUGCUGCACGCGGCACCAAGAAGCACUGCAGCCAGCGACGGUGGAGUGGGAGGCGGCGGACGAGGAAGUCAGCGCAGACGCGGAGGUGCGUGUUACGCGUGCUCGCGUACACUUCGAUGCCCCCCUUCGCGCCAUUACGCCAGGCCAAGCGCUGGUGGCGUACACGUCCAUCUUGGCGCUCGAAGAAGGGUGGACGACGGGACAUAACGCGUCCCACGGUGACGCGGAGCCGUUUCCGCCUGAGACGAUGGCUGUGAUCGGGUCUGGUUGGGUCGUGCCGUCUGACUCCCCGCUGCCUAGCGGCCCCUCUCUCCGUUAG